AUGGCUCCCGCGCGCGCCUCGAACGGAACGACAUCGUCUCGCGCGCGAGAGCUCCGUCGAACGUUCGAUCUCUUGGCGCGCACCGAACCGUAUUACGCGUGCGCGCGAUGGCGUCGAGCGCCGUACGACGCGACGCCGUACGAAGGACUGGGAACGGGGGAGUACGUCCCGGGCGUGGGCGUGAGCGCGGCGGACGCGGAGACGUUGUUCGAUCGAUUGCGAACGUCGACCUCGGACGGGUGGACGGACGUCGUCGGUCACGCGGAGGACGCGAACGGUGGGGUGAAGCGGGAGGUGGACGAAGACGCGGGGAGCGGAGAGGUGAGCGUGGUGGGGAAUCGCGUCGUGCGUAAGCCGGCGGCUCCCGUCACGUCGCGCGAGGCGCUCGGAUCGCCCAUGCGCUUGGGCGUCGACGUCGAAGAGCGGCCGCUGUGGGGGGUCGAUUGCUACACGCGUGAGGCGAUUUUGGCGAGCGUGGCGACCGCACCGGCGUUCGCGGGAGAGGAUAGGCGCGACAAGCGCGUGGAGUUUUUUGUGAAACGGUUGUUACCGAAACUGCACACGCUCGGUGACGACGGAUGGGACGCGGCCGUACUCGCCGAGCGCGUGCUCGAAGAUGCAAUCGCAGAGGGAGACGAGGACGCCGCGGCGGCUUCGCGGGCACUUCUGUGGGCGAUUCACGAGCUUGACGACGCCGAUGCGGAGAAGCGGGCGAAUGAGUCGACGAAGAAGAAAGCUAAAAAGGCUAAAGGUGACACCUCAACGGCGGUUCAGACCGCGCAAGAUGCGGUUUCAGAGGUAGAACUCGUUCCGAAGGAACAUCGAGUGCAGUUCAGGAUCCAUCCGAAAGGCACUGGCGUCGUGUGCAUCAAUCCGAACGGCUUAAAGGCUGGGACACUCGUCAACUAUUACAUUGGCGAAAUGUAUCCGCCGUGGCAGUGGUACGAGCGUCAGGAUGCCAUCAAAAAGUCCUUUCCAAACAUGAACCUUCCGUCUUUUUUCAACAUCACGCUGGAGCGACCGGCGCAUGACGAACGUGGGCGACACGUCAUUUUUGUUGAGGCGAUGCACAAAGGUAGUUUUGCGUCUCGACUCUCGCAUUCGUGUGAACCGAACUGUCAGACGGUGACAUUCACAAAGGAUGGGAAACUAACGCUCGGAAUGUUCACCGUCAGGGACAUCGCGUACGGGGAAGAAAUGACAUGGGAUUAUAGCUGCAUUACAGAGAGUGCGGAGGAGUAUCGCACUGGAUUUUGCCUCUGUUCUUCUCCAGGCUGCCGUGGGUCAUUUCUCACAUAUGCUGGCAAUGGCGCGUUUACGGCGAUCGUUAACAAGAAGCAUUCAUUUUUACAUCGCAAUGCCAUUUUAUUCGUGGCGAGUACGACGCCACUGACUAAAGCAGAGAGCGAAUCCUUGUACGUCGCAGGCAUUCGCCAGUGCGCACUCGAGAAGUGCCCUGAUUGGGUCGUUAAAUGGGCGGCACUGACUCUGCAGUACAUCAAGCUGGAGGAAAAAGAGUUACCCGACGUGUUGAUGAAACUACCUGUGACAGAAUACGGUCGGUACGAUGAGAUUGGAGCGAAGUACGAAGCCGCGGGUGUGGCCUCAACGAGAAUUACGAAUCUCGUCGUGACGCUAGAUAAGAUUCGUUACGUACUGAAUAGACCCGGGCAGCGAAGAGAUUCGUUCUUCCGAGCACUCAGCGACGAUGAGGUCAUAGACCACCUGUGGAGUGGUGAGGCCAGCGUGUUCCGCCGUUUCAUAAUCACUAUGGUGAACUCUGGAGGAGAUAAGCGCAACGAAGCGAGAUCGGCAAGCAUGUCAACGGCAGCUAUGUUUGAGAAGACUUGGACCGAUACGCGUGUCGCUUCGGCAUUGAAGGCGAUCAAGAAGUCAGUGAACGUGGUUGAACGACCCGAGACCGCCGAACAAGCGCGGGCUCGGUUACUUCAAGUGCGUGCAGCGUUGGAGCACGCUGGGGAUAAAGCUUUUCACGCGCAAGCGAGAGAUUUGCUGUGGUUGCACGCCAACACGCUGCACUACUUCACGAUCGAAAAGUUCGACCUGGUAUUAUCACCGCCGGUAAACAUUGAUGACAUGAAGAGUCAGAUAUCGUGUGAGAUGCGCACAAAGCUUCCGAACGCUGUGAAAGGGAAUCGCGACAAGCUGCUGCAAAAGAAGUAUGGGCCGCUAUACGUGUGGGGACAGCUCGUGACGUGGUACAAGCAGACAGUUUACGCUCCCGAUGCGUCUUUGAGCGCCGAUCGACGCGGCUCGUUGUCACUUCCCGAUCCCGAGAGUUGCUAUAGCGCGGUGCCGACAAAGUACACAUCAAGUGAGCGGCGGAGCCUGAUUAAACUCAUGCGAUCAAACAUCCACGCCAUGUGGCCGACGACAAUGUCAUGGAGCUUUAAGAACCCAACCAAGGUUUACGGCUCUCCAAUGUUUGACGAGGCACUUCGUGAGACGUUUCCAAAGGAGUAUGCAAGUGGUGCAUCUUUUCAAACCUUGCUGGGCGAGUUCGAGCGAUCAUGA